CCUUGGUCACGCGCGCGCGCCCCCGCCGCGCAAUUGGGGAGCUAUCCAGCAAGCGUUUCAAAGUAGUCUCCUUACCCGGCUAGUGCUGUCUGUUGUCUCUCCAGGAAUGAGAAGUGAUGGCCGUCUCCGCCAGCGAGGAGAAAACCUUCCGAAGGUUCUUGGAGCUCUUCCUCCGAGAAGUGAGAGGACCGCUCCAGGACGACGAACCUCUACCCAUGCGCCCCUUAUCGGACCUGGUCUCGGAGGACGAAGUAGAGGGGGAAUGUCUCGACCUGUGUCUCCAGCACCUGUGCAAAUAUAACUGCCCCUUCUCCCUGGCGGCAGGCCUGGCCCGGGCCACUGCAGAUGACAUCCUCCAGAGCGACCUGUCCGUCUACCACCAGAACAAGGGCGAGGAGGAGGGCACUGACCCUUUCCCACAGCUGGAGUCGGUGAAGCUGGCUCGGCUGGUCUUCAACAAGCUCUGUGAGACCUGCUGCCUGUGGCUAAAGGACUUCCCUCAUCGGCGCCGGCAACAGCGCUACUAUGAGACCUCUAUCCACGCCAUCAAGAACAUGCGUCGCAAGAUGGAGGACAAACACGUGGUCAUCCCUGAUUUCAACACACUCUUCAACCUGCAGGACCAAGAGGAGCAGGCCUACUUUGCCGUAUUCGACGGGCACGGGGGCGUGGACGCCGCCAUUUACGCCGCCAACCACCUGCACGUUAACCUGGUGCGGCAGGAGAUGUUCAACCAGGACCCCGGAGAGGCUCUGUGUCGCGCCUUCAAGCUGACGGACGAGCGCUUCGUGAAGAAGGCCUCGCGUGAGCACCUGCGUUGCGGCACCACAGGGGUCGUGACCUUUCUGAGAGGCAGCACCCUGCAUGUGGCCUGGCUGGGGGACUCCCAGGUCAUGCUGGUCCGGAGAGGGCAGGCUGUGGAGCUGAUGAAGCCACACAAGCCUGACAGAGAGGACGAGAAGCAGCGUAUUGAAGCACUGGGCGGCUGUGUGAUCUGGUUUGGGACCUGGAGAGUCAAUGGAAGCCUGUCGGUGUCCAGAGCAAUAGGCGACUCGGAGCACAAGCCGUACAUCUGUGGCGACGCCGACCGCAGCAACUUCCCGCUGGACGGCUCGGAGGACUACCUGAUCCUGGCCUGCGACGGCUUCUACGACACGGUCAGCCCGGACGAGGCGGUGCGCGUGGUGAGUGACCACCUGCAGGAGAACAGCGGCGACAGCACCAUGGUGGCGCACAAGCUGGUGGCCUCCGCCCGGGACGCCGGCUCCAGCGACAACAUCACGGUCAUCGUGGUGUUCCUGCGAGACCCGCGCGCCCCGCAGACCGCACCCGAGGACGAGGAGGAGGAGGUGGAGGAAGAGGCGGUCGACGAGGGGGCGGAGGAGGCGGAGGAAGAGGAGGAGGAGGAGGAAGAGGUGGAGGCCCCGCAGAGCGAGCGGGGCUGCCAGGAUGGAGGCACGGACGUGUCGGGGAAGGGCCGGGGGACGUGGGGGGCCCUGCAGCAGUGCUCGGCGCCGGCCGACCUGGGCUACGAAGACCGCAUGGACUCCUUUACAGACAGAACUAGCCUGAGCCUCCUGGGGCCCAACCUGAUGUCAGACGGGAGCCCGCUACAACUGCGCCCAGACUCCUCGCACCCGUCCAAAACCUUAACCCCUGGCCCCGCGCACGCGCCCGCCAGAGGUCCCGGCGCGGCCUGGCGUCCCCCCCCAGGAGAGGAAGGGCGCCCCCCCGCCCACAGGCACGGCUCCCCGGGGCCCAAACUGCGUGUGCCCUCCUGCCGGCAGGGGCCCAGCCCGGAGGAACACUGGCUGGAGGCGGCGGCCAUCUUCUCCCACCGACGGAGGCCGGCCCGCUGGGCGGAGCGAAUGUCCCCGAAAUGGGGGCCUCGUCAGAGAUGCGGGGGCCUCAGGGAGCCCUGCGGCCUGGUGCGCCCAUCCCGAUUUGAGCCCUACCCCUGCCGCCGCCCCGAGAGGAGGGUGGGCGUGGCCACGGCCCGGAUACCCAACAGCAGCAGUGACUGACAUGGCUGCCUCGCCCCCUGCUCUCCCACCACCCCUUCCACCCACUACAGGAAACUACACUUCCCACACACCACUGGGUCUGAACCCCCAGCGCAUCUCAACCCUACACUCCCAGCUCCACUCCACACCUUAAUCUGGCCUAAUCUGUGAUGCCCCCCUGCUCUGUGAUACUGUAUGAUACACCCCCCCCCCCUCGGUAAUAUGAUACCUUCCCUAAUCUGUGAUACCCUCCUAAUAUGUGUAACCCCCUGCUUCUCAGUCAGGAUCCUCCAUGUAACUCCUCGCCAGAACCUCCAUAACAGCCGUACUGUGUGUAACGGAUGACUAAGGGAAUUUUCCUUAGUCAUCCCCUUCAUUCUCCUCAAUAUAAGCUUGUAAGACUAAUAUUAGCAAGUCAACUGUCUGUAUAAAGUCAUAAAGACAUGUAGGCGCCCAGUAUACAUUUAGGUAAGAAACAGUUCAGGACACUGUUGUCCACAGGUCAGAGGUUACGUGACUAGGCAUUCGUAUCAAACUCAGACCGAGAGCUUUAAUGAGCAAGGGGUCACAGAAAUAGAAAGCCCGAACAGACUUGGCGAUUAAAAUUAAAAUUGAGCCUUGCACUCGCCUCACCUUCCGUGAGAGAGAGUACGUUCUCAAUAGGAGUGUUGCAUUAAAGUGCCCAGGUUGCCAUGACUUCACCCCCGAUCAGUCCUACAGCUGAGUCGACCAAGACAGUCGAGUCAUACCGGCAGAGAUAUGUGCCUUUCCGUAAUGACCCUGGAGAAACGGGGGCUUCAGAUCGUCACAGAAGCCAUACUUGAAGAUAGAAGGUAAACCUUGAGAUGAACAAGAGAGGAAUUCUGCUGAAUAAGUACAUCUUUCCCUUGUUCAUCAAAUCAUACCCAAGAUAGAGUGAUCUUAGUCCUCUGACAGAGAGCGUUCUAACAUGAUGUAAAUGUUCACACACACCACACCAUCCCGAUGUUGCUCACAGACAACUGUUUGGCUGCUUAAUAUCCAUGUGUAUGGAGCUAUAACCUUAUAUAACCAAACGAGCCACAAGAAAACUGAGAAAAGAAGGUUCGCUGGUUUUGAACCCCGUUCUUGUUUUCUGGUAUUAGUAACAUGAUUUAGCCAUCGAUGGGGGAAUUGAAAAGUGUUACUUAGAUCUGACUACCUAUGUUUGCAGUUGAGGUUGUCGAAACCGAUAGUGGCAAUGACUGAAAAGGUAUGUUAACGGUGCCUCCACUGUCCUUCCCCUGAACGUAAUGCUGUUGUGCCCAUCCCCAACUUGCCCCAAACUCUUGGGUACAUGGUGGAUUUGCCAUACGCCCGUGAAACAAGCGGAUCCCUUGAAUAACUGGAACUCACUGACUUUUAAAUUUGAGCGAGAGGUCAGAUUUUAAGAGAGGGCCAUCUCUGUUCUCCAGCUCCACCCUGCCUACACGCCCCUCACUCCUCCCUCAGGAUUUCCACUGGCUGCCACACUGUGCCAUUCCCCCCCCCCCCCCACCUCGAAGCUGGCACCAGUGUCUGAGGUAAGAUGGGAGGAGCAGCAGGCUUGUUUGGCCUCAGAAAGCCUCAGGUCCUGACUCGGCCCCACAGCGUUCGUCAGUGACUUCCGGACUGUUCCAUUCGUAGCUGACUGACCUUCAUGUGUUAAGCCCAUUUUUGUGUAGCGCGCCACUCAAGAGGAAUGUAUGAAGAAUGUGCGCUGGGACAAAUGCUUCUCACAGAGCAUCUUCAUGGGUGGACUUACGGAACCAGAGCGGCAGUGGCAGUGGUGGUGAUUCUUCUGCUGCCAAUUUUUUCCGCUCCAUUUUUUCCCCUCCCGAUGGUCACUACCUGGUGGUCCGAGGUGUACGGAAUGUAACUGCAUUCAUCCUCCCAAGAGACUGAGGACAGUUCCUCCUAGCAUUCAACCCUCCCCUCCACCACGUACUGUGUAAACGUAACCCAGGAAACAGACUGGAGUGGCCUGACUGGGCUGGACAGGUGUCUCAGCUACCUGUGUUCUACGGGUGGGAGUGGUGUUGGAUUAUGGACUGUAACCCUGGUGUGUUUCCGAGGACAGGUGACUGCACUGUCCUCCCCUCUGUGUGUUUACAGCCGAAUCGCACGUGAAGGUGGUAUCUCCCCCCCCCCGAAACCCCAAGCCAUUACUUCACCCUCUCACUGCGUCUUAUUCUGGAGUCAUUAAAGAGCUCCGGGGACUACAUUACCCACCUACCCCUCCACCACCUCACACGGGGCACCUAAUAUAUACUGGAAUUCUAUAAGUAAUUACACAUAUAUUUAAUUGUAUGUGUGGGUGUGUAGGUAUGUGCGUGCGUGCGUGUGUGUGAGUGUGCGUUGCGUGCAGGGUGUGUGCAUGUGGUCCGUCUGAGUGAAAUAUUUAAAAAUGAACACUGUAAGUUCUGCAGGACAAAUGGUACAUUAGUCUGUGGGUUUUCACGCACCGCCCCCUCUGCACUGUGUGGUUUUUCUGAAACACGUUCCCCCCCCGCCUCCGGAGAACAGCCGAGUCUGAGGGACCUGACUGAGGGGCUGCUGUCAGGGUUGUCACAAGAAGGCCACCAUAGAAAGGACUGAACUCGAUGGGCAUGUGGUUGACAUGGUAGGAACAGCACAAUAUGUGGUUAACAAGGAUGGGACUUGUGUCCUUUCUAGGGCGGCCAUCUUGUGACAACCUGAGGUCAGGGGUUAUUCUAAUGCCCAAAGAACAGCAGUACUACUGUGCUCCGGUGGAGAACAGAGCCAGCAGGGAUUCUUCCUGAAAGAGUAUUGAACUGCGCAGUCUCUGUCUUUACCCCUGCCAAAUGAAUCCUAAGAAGUACUUUUGUCUUGUUCCUUUACUUUUUUUCAAAAUAAGAAAAAAAAGAUUCUCAUUUCAAGAUUUGCUAAUGAGGUAAGACAGUUUCACUCUUCAAGCAAAAAGUAUUUAAAAAAGUUUUUUUUACUUGAGGAAAAAAAAAAAGAUUUGAAAAUGAAAACACUUGCAGUUUGCUGUAGGUGUUUGGAGUGUCAUCCUCUCUAGUCCAGGGAUGUCAAACUCCAGUCCUGGAGGGCCGCAGUGUCUGCAGGUUUUUUUGGUUUCCUUUCAAUCAACUGUCAUUUAAGGCCUUGAGAACAAGGUGUGUGGAUUCUUUAGCCAAUCAAUGACUUUAAUGAACCACUGAUGCCAAGAACAGCCCAAAAACCAGCAGACACUGCGGCCCUCCAGGACUGGAGUUUGAUACCUGUGCUCUAGUCCCUGCAUGCUCCUGACUCACACAACUGGCCCGGCGGUCAGGUGCUCAGACUCGCACCCCCACCCCCGCUCUCUCCAGCAGCCCUGGACAGAAGCCUCGACCAACCUUACCCCCCUCACGCUCCCCCCCCACCCCACCACACACAAGCGCACACGUGCACCAGCGUCCUCCUCUCCCUAGUGAUAGUGCGUACAUGUAGUUCAGGGUUCACCUCUCCCCCCCCCUCCUCACUCCACGCUCUCCCUCACUCUCGGCUCUGUGCCAGUGAACACGACCGCUUGUCCCUGUAAGCAAUAAUGAACCUUUAUGAGCCGUGUGCGGGGAAGCCUCUCUCCGUGGGUUUGUCUUCUCCGGAGCGGAGGCACGGGGACGGUGUCGAGGAGGGCGGCGGAUCGAUAACCUCCAAUAUCGCCCCUCCUAAGCGCUCUUCCGUCGCCCCGGAACGACCGGCCGAGAAGCGUGAAACGCAACCCGACUCCAUCGUUUAAGCUGAUGGGUUCUGUCUCCCUGGCGUUGUGCCUCCUUCUCUAAAGACAAACCCACGGCCAGCUGUUCCUCAGCCUGCAGGUUAGGUAACCGGUAAUCGUUUCUGUACCCGUAUCCUCCGUGUUCUUGUAGUAUACAUAUAAUGUAUAUCUUAUCUGGUGACUAUUAUCAUGUAUAAAGAUUAGAUCAAGUCUC